UUGAUGAAUCAAAGAAGCCUAAAAGCGGAAACACAGCGCAACAGUACCAAAUAGAUAUUGCACAGUGUUGCUUUUAUUACUUCCUUUAAAUUUCAACACAUGUUUCGGACCGGUUUGUUUUAGGAGGUGAAUGGAGAAAAUGUUUUUGGUGACUUUCACUUUUUUCUUCUCAAAUUUUGCUCAGAGUAUUUGCCUAAAUGUUUCCAGACCCAACAUCGUCAUGGUAAUGAGUGAUGCUUUUGAUGGGCGAUUGUCUUUUGAUCCUGGAAGCAAAGUCGUGCAGCUGCCUUACAUCAACUACCUCAGACAGCUGGGCUCCACCUUUCUGAAUUCUUACACCAACUCCCCCAUCUGCUGCCCCUCCAGAGCAGCCAUGUGGAGCGGUCAGUUUGUUCACCUCACACAGUCAUGGAACAACUACAAGUGUUUAGAGGCUAACGCCACCACAUGGAUGGAUUUACUGGAAGAGAAUGGAUACCUCACUAAAAUGAUGGGAAAGUUGGACUUUACAUCAGGGAGUCACUCUGUCAGUAACCGGGUUGAGGCGUGGACACGAGAUGUCCCGUUCCUGUUGACCCAGGAGGGUCGGCCUGUUUCUCAGCUCGUGGGGAACAUGUCCACCAUAAAGGUGAUGAAGAAGGACUGGCAAAACACAGAUCAGGCGUCACAGUGGAUCCGUCACAGAGCCGCCUUCUCAAAUCAGCCUUUUGCUCUUUAUCUCGGCCUCAAUUUACCUCAUCCAUAUAAAACGGAAUCCCUGGGACCUACUGCUGGUGGAUCCACCUUCCGUAGCUCACCAUACUGGCUCUCAAAGGUGUCACACGAGCUUGUCUCUGUGCCUAAAUGGCUGCCGAUGGCUGCCAUGCACCCUGUCGAUUACUACUCAACCCUCACCAAAAACUGCAGCGGGGAUUUUACUGAGGAGGAAAUCAAAAGCAUCCGCGCCUUCUACUAUGCCAUGUGUGCAGAAGCAGAUGCCAUGCUGGGGGAGGUGAUUUCAGCCCUGAGAGAGUCCAAGCUGCUUAGCAACACAGUUGUGAUCUUCACCGCUGACCACGGAGAACUAGCUAUGGAACACAGGCAGUUCUACAAGAUGUCAAUGUUUGAAGGCAGUUCCCAUGUCCCUCUGCUCGUCAUGGGGCCUGGAUUGAUGUCAGACCUGCAGGUCAAUCAGCCCGUCUCUUUGGUUGACCUCUAUCCCACUGUGCUGGAAAUUGCUGAUAUUUCAGCAUUAAGCCAUCUGAGCGGCUACUCCCUUCUGCCUUUAAUAUCCAAGUCCAGAGGUAUUUCAAAGAAGCAGCAUCCAGGCUGGGUUUUAAGUGAAUACCACGGUUGUAAUGUGAACGCCUCUACAUACAUGCUUAGAAGUGGUCAGUGGAAAUACAUUGUCUAUUCAGAUGGGAUCAGUCUCCCACCACAACUUUUUGACCUUUCGCUGGACAAGGAUGAGCUUCACAAUGUGGUUCAUAAAUUCCCAGAUGUGCAGUCGCGUCUGGAGAGUUUACUACGCAGCAUUGUUGACUAUCCGCAAGUCUCUUCAACGGUCCAUUUGUACAAUAAAAAAGCAUUUGGUAAAUGGCGAUGGGGUUUGGGAAAAAACUACAGCCAUGUUAUUGCUGGACUUAGGUGGCAUGUGGACUGGCAAAAAGAUGUGUUAGCUCAUGAGAAAGCUAUUGAAACAUGGUUAAAUGGCACCUUAUGAACAUUUUAAAUCAAUACUAAUGGUGACUUUUAAAAGGUCUAUUUUGAUUUAACCUUUGCUCAAGCAUGUUUUACAGUAAAAGCUCUUGUAAAGCUUUAUGUCUUAUGAUUAAAAAAAAGUAAGAUUUUUAUGUAAAGAAAUAUUUUUAAAAGAUAUUUUCCAAAAUGUUUUAAGCUUUUAGUCUUGCACUAACUUCAAGUUAUACAAUUUUUGUGUCCGUGCAUAUUGUGUGCUUUUUUUGUAAAAAAUAAUAACACACUAUGACCAUAUUACUGUUUUAAUAUUUUUUAUUUAUCUAUUUAUUUUUCCAUUAAAAAAUCAAAAACGAACAAAAAAGUCUACCCAUGAACCGAACGUAAUCAAAUGUAUGCACGCGGCAGGCCAAACGGGGCUUUUAUUUUGAAAUAAAGUUAUCUGGCUCUAG